ACGGCCGCGCGGCUUCCGGUGGCGCGGGUCUCGGCCCCGCUGGCAGCUCCGGGCGUUGGUACCGAGGCCGGGGGAACGGCCGGCUCUUCCCGGCGGAGCGGCGUCACUUCCAGCCCCCAAGCCUGUGGUGAUCUCCCUGCUGGAAGGAAGGGACGACCCGGGAUCCUGGAUGUGCACACCUUGGAGGGCAUGGCAGGAGAUCUCAGUGCAGGUGAUAGUAUCACAACUAUAAAGGAAGAUCUGAAGAACAGUGGCAUGGCCCAGAGACAGUGUGUUAGCAUUUCUGUUGGAAAAACCAGGAAGGAUGUUCAAGGGAGCGUGGAGCAAGAAGAGCAUGUCAAGAAGCCACUGGGAAACCGUCCAGGAAAGAGAGCGAGGAAAUGCCUAGACUGCAGCACAGGUCAAAAGCAAUGUAAAGACUCAAUGAGCAAGGAAGUGGGGCAUAAGAAAAGUCAGAAUCCAUGUGAUGGGAGUGAGAAAAGCUUUCAAAGUUAUUCUGACCAUGUUAACCAGCAGCACAUCUGUACAGGAGACAGACACUUUAAAUGCCUUGAGUAUGACAAGAGCAACAUAAAAAGUUGCAACUUGCAUAUCCACCAGUGGAUCCACACAUCAGAGAGACCUGACAAAUGCCCCGAGGGUGAGAAGAACUUCAGUUCAGAACGUUAUUCCCACCAGUGCACACACUCAGAAGACAGACCAUACAAGUGUCAGCAGUGUGGGAAGAGCUUCAAAAGCAGCUCUAAGCUCCUUUCCCACCAGCACAUCCACACAGGAGAGAGACCUUUUAAGUGCCCUGAGUGUGGCAAGAGCUUCAAAAGCCGUUCUGACCUCAUCUACCACCAGCGCAUCCACACAGGGGAGAGAGCUUUUAAGUGUCCUGAGUGUCCGAAGAUCUUCAGAAGCAGUUCUGACCUUGCAAUCCACCAGCGCAUCCACACAGGAGACAAACCUUACAAGUGCCCUGUGUGUGAGAAGAGCUUCCGGCAGUGUUCCCACCUUAUGAUCCACCAGCGCAUCCACACAGGAGACAGACCCUACAAGUGCCCCAUUUGUGGGAAAGGCUACAAAAGCAGUUCUCAUUUGAAGAGCCACCAGCGUAUCCACACAGGAGAAAGACCAUUCAAGUGCCCUGUGUGUGGAAAGAGCUUCAAAAGCAGUUCCAACCUCAUCCGCCACCAGCACAUCCACACAGGGGAGAGACCCUUUAAAUGCCCCGAGUGUGAGGAGAGCUUCAAAAGCAGUUCUGACCUCAUCUACCACCAGAGCAUCCACACAGGAGAGAGACCCUAUAAGUGCCCUGAGUGUGGGAAGAGCUUCAGAAGGAGUUCCAACCUGACAAUCCACCAUCGCAUCCACACAGGAGAGAGACCUUUUAAGUGUCCACAGUGUCCAAAGAGCUUUAAAAGCAGUUCCCACCUUAUCUACCACCAGCUCAUCCACACAGGAGAGAGAGCCUUUAAGUGUCCUGAGUGUCCAAAGAACUUCAAAAGCAGUUCCCACCUCAUCCGCCACCAGCGCGUCCACACAGGGGAUAAAGACCCUUUAAGUGCCCUGAGUGUGGGAAGAGCUUCAAAAGCAGUUCCAACCUCAGAGUUCAGCAGCACAUCCACACAGGAGAGAGACCCUACAAGUGCUCUGAGUGUGGGGAAGGCUUUAGAAGCAGUUGUAAACUCAACUCCCACAGGCACAUCCACAGAGGAAACAGAUCAUAAAAGUGCCCUGAGUUUGUGAGAAGCUUCAGAAGCAGUUCCAGCCUCCUUACCUACCAGCACAUUCACACAAGAGACAGAGCCUGCAAGUGCCACAAAUGUGGGAAGGUCUUCAGCUAGACCCCCAGCCUGGUUACCUGCUUGUGGAUUUGCAUGAUGAUGAACCUUAACAAAUCGCUUGAGCAAAGGAAGAGCUCUGGAGCCAAAGUAAAUCAUGUUCCUCCUUCCUUCCAGAGGAAUCACCCAUAUUGCUCUCUUUCUGCUGGAGGCAGGGCAAGUGGACAUGCUAAGGAGAAUCUAGUGAUUUUGGCAGGUGGAUCAGAAGCACGUUUCUGCCAGGUCUGUGUGCAGGGAAUUGUCUGAGGAAGUCGCUUCUCACCCCAGAGAAACUCAUCUACUGUGGGUCAACAGAUGAGGAUCCAGAGUAAACCUCAGCUGUACCAAGAAGUCAUUCUGCUUGGACUGUGGGAAGAACAUCAGCUGGAGCUUAACUUUUAGUAGACCCCAGUAAACCAACACAGGAGAGAGCCCCUAUGAGCACCUUGACUGGUGCUGGAAGAGGUACAUCCAGAGCUGGGAGCUCAUCACACACCAGUGGAUCCCAGUAUGGAACACACCCCCUAUGAAUGCGCUGCCUCCAAGAAGAGCCUCUGCCACAGCUCGAACCUUAUGAGAACCUCGACACUGGGGAGAAGUCCUAUUCAUGCCUGCACUGCAGCAAGUGCUUCAGCCACUGCUCCAAGCUGACAAAGCACCAAUGAGUCCACAUGGCCAGAAGCCUUACAGAUGCCUCAAGUUUUUAAGAAGGGCUUUGUGCAGGAGCGAGAGUUCCUCACUCACAGGAGAUUGCACUCAUGGAAGAAAUGCUACAUACGUCCCAAAUGCAGGAAGAGGUUCAACCAGUUUAAAAAAAAAAAAAAGAGAGAAUAUCUCUUUCCAUGCCUCGUUUUCUCUUCUGCUCUUCCUGCAAGCAGCUUUUUGAACUUGUUUCCUAAAGAAUAACGUGUAGGAAUGUUCUGUGUGUCUGUGUGCAUGUGUUCCUUUCAGUAAUUUCUGAUUCCACUGAUUAAUCAGAUGCAGAGGUCAGGAGAGCAGUAAAGUGGCUCUUGCAUGUUUACUGAAAAUCACUUGCAGUUGAAAGUGAAUGUGGAGAAUAAAUAAACUGACUUGUUCCAAAGGUUUUAUUUUCCUUGGAGUCUGGCCCUGUUGUCUUAAAAUAAAAAACGAUGCAUGGAAGACGGGGAAAUGUGUAAUCAAAGAAUCAGUUGAGUUGGACUCUUAUAGGUCAUGUCAUCUAACUCCCCUGCAAUGAACAGGGAAAUCUGCAGCUAGAUCGGGUUGCUCAGAGCCUUCUCCAGCCUGACCUUGUAUGUCUCCAAGGAGUGGGCAUCCACCACCUCUCUGGGUAACUUGUUCUAGUGCCUCACCACCCUUUCUUCUUUUUUUUUUUUUUUUUUUAGCACUGACUCCAGCCCACUGCUUGCUUCUGGGAGCAGGCAUAUUUGGUAUACACUGCCAUCACCCUUGAAAGAGGCAUCAUAUGAGCCACCAGGUGGAAUCUAGAAAGUACUUCAGGAAGGUGUUAAUGGACAAUGGUCCAUUGUAGGCAAAAGGAUUUGCUUAGGAUAUAAAAAGUGGAAAUGAAUCAUGUGAACAGCUUUUCCAUAUUGUAAGGACAGCCUUUUUGGAUAACUUCAGUGGAUACAAGCUGAAGGACAAGCUGCUUGUGUACAGGUAAGCUCAAGAACAGAAUGCGGAGUUGCACAAACUCGCUGAUGAACAAUGAUAAGAAAGAAGUGGAUGGCUCUGUUGUUGAAGGUAGGACAGUGAAACAGAUGCCUCAGCCCAACGCAACACCAAUAUGAGCUGGUUCAGGCUACCCCAAUCCCCCUUAAAAGGUUGGAAGUUCAGAGUGAGGUAGACUUCUAGCCUUCAUUCAAUGACCACCAGAGACCCCCACCACAUUUUUAUGAUGUAUGCUCAAGAGCAUAUGAUGUUCUUGGCAGGGUUUCGAUUAUUAGUAAUGCCUAAUUCAGUACUUUCUGUUCAUCCCUCCAAAGCUUUGAAGCCCACUCUUUUCCAGCCUGGACACUGCCAUAAACUGUACUGUAUUACUCAGUUUUGUGCUGCAUUGCAUUGCAAACAAACCACUGCAUGGCAAACUGUUGAUCAGCAAUGGAGCAGUUGAAUUCACUGCUGCUUGUGACCCUUCCACCGCCACAUGUAAACCUAUAGUUUAAUGUGAUCCAUGGAACAAAUAACAUUGGGACACACAGUAUCACAAUUAACACGAAGGACAGAAUACCUACAUUUGUAUUUAGCAGAUACCCUGACUUCCUCCUUCAUGGUCAGGAUGUGGGAGGAGCACUCAUUCUCAGAGCAUCAACGAAUCCUCACCCGUGGAAUUGUGGACAUUUUCCAACUGGAUCCUUCUAGACCCAGAGCUGGAGAUGGAGCAGGAGAACACAGCCCUCUGCCUCGCUCUACCCAGGAAUUCCUGGUGGAAGAGCUGCCCUUUGUGAGACCUGCAAAGCCCUACAGGAUGUGGGGGAGGAGCGCUACAUGCCCUGCUCUGCGCUCCCAUAGGGGGAGUUGGACUUACCCACCCCUUUUUUUUGCUACUUUUGCACCACUGCAACACUUUUGCAGCUCCACAGCAUUGCUCCCAGGACUGAGUAAAGAAGAUGCCACCAAAAGAGAAGAAGGAAAACGACAAGCCUUGCAAUGACAACUGUCAGCCCAAACCACAGGGUAAGGGUGUGGAGAGCCUGAUGAAGAACAUCGAUGUGUGCCGCAGUGUGGGCCUGGAGAUCAUCAAUAGAACCAGGACAGUGACACUGACGGACUUCAGGAGUUAUUGCUUCAGUGGCCACAACGUGGACACCCUGCCCUUUGAAAUUGGCCCAGACUCCAAAGGAAUAUGCACCUUUGCAAAAACUCCCUACAGCCUGCGAGGGAGCGUGGGGAUUGUGGUCUGCAAGGCUGACACUUUCUUUUUGGCCAUCACAUUCUCCAACCCCUAUGACUAUGUCCUUUACAAAAUUGAGUUUGCCUUGGAGAUCUUCACAGAGCCGAACCACCUGGGAAACCUCGGUGAUGUCUUCUCCAAAAUGAUGAAGAGCAAACCAUACAGCAGCUCUUCACUCUUCCAGCGAGCCGUGCUUGAGUCCGAACAUGAAACCCUGGAGGUCUCCAAGGGGAGCAUUCGUGUCCAAGCCAAGAUGUCCAACUGUGAGAAAGCCAUCCUGAAAGUCCAGGUUGAAGACAUGGAUCCACCACCCUACAGUGAAGGCAUGUGAGGGAAGAUGGGCACCACUGCUGCCAAAAGGAUCCCAUGGGAGAUGUUCAGCAAGGAUGCAGCAAGGCUUCUCCAGUUGUGGUGGAAGGAGGUGGAUUGUGAUGAUGGAUCCCAUGGGAGAUGGAAUCACCACCUCAAUGGCUUUGCUACAUAGCUAACAGUGCUCUCCAGCUUGCAAACUAGCUCAUGAUUGCAUAUAACCAAUAAAUAUAUUCUUACCCUCAAAA